AAACAAUUCUGAAGCAACGGGAGAGAAGUAAAUAAACUACUGGUUCCUGUACUAUGUGGGUUUUUAAUAGAUCAAAAGGGCGAUCUGGGUUUUCCUAUUCCUCCACUGCUGAAGAAGUCACCGAUGAAAUCGACGGCUCCGGUCUCACCGCCAUUGUUACAGAUCCGUGGCUUUGGCUUGAGAACCAUGAGGUUUUAGUUCAAAUCCCAGCAGAGACAAAUAUUAGGAGCAUCAAGGGGUAUUGGUGCUGAAACUAGCCGUGUUCUAGCUCUGCGUGGAGUUCAUGUUAUCAUGGCUGUCAGGAAUAUAGCUGCUGGAAAAGAUGUUAAAGAAGCAAUAGUAAAGGAAAUCUCAGCAGCUAAAGUUGAUAUAAUGGAGUUAGAUCUUAGCUCAUUGGCAUCAGUAAGGAAAUUUGCAGCUGAUUUUAUAUCAUCAGGUCACUCAUUGAACAUGCUAAUUAAUAAUGCAGGAGUGGUGGGAAUUCCCUUUAUGCUUUCCAAAGAUAACAUAGAGCUGCAAUUUGCCACGAAUCAUCUAGGUCAUUUUCUUUUGACAAAUUUGUUGUUGGACAAGAUGAAGGAGACAACACGUAAAACAGAGAGAGAGGGAAGGAUUAUUAAUGUGUCUUCAGUAGCUUAUUGUAUGUUCACAUAUCGCGAGGGAAUUCGCUUUGGCAAAAUUAAUGAUCCCAAAAGCUACUGUAGUUUUUGGGCAUACGGACAAUCAAAGCUGGCCAACAUACUGCAUGCUUAUGAGCUCACAAGACGCUUAAAGGAAGGAGGAGUGGAAAUAACAGCAAAUUCACUUCAUCCUGGAACAAUCACAACCAAUAUGUUUCGUCAUCUGGGCAUUUUUGAUGGUCUUGUAAGCAAGUUUGGGAAGUUUAUUUUUAAAAACGUUCAACAGGGAGCAUCAACCACUUGCUAUGUUGCAUUGCAUCCACAAUUGAAGGGGAUAAGUGGUGAAUAUUUUUGUGACAACAAUUUGGGGACAACAACAGCUAUUGCUAGAGAUAUGGAUUUAGCUAAAAGGCUCUGGGAUUUUAGUAUGGAAUUAGUUAAGGAGUAACAUGUAAGAUGUUGUACCAGUAAGAGAGAAAAAAUAACUUUGUAUUUAAUAGUUUGUGAUGUUUAUUUUUGUAUCAUAUAGAGAAAUAAGAUGUUGUACCUAACUGAGAGUGUUCACCGAAGAAAAAGCUUUUUCGAGUAGUGAGGAAGAUUCAAGAUUUAAA